AUGGCAGAUCCAUUGUCCCCUUACCCGUUUCCGAGCAAUGUUCAUGUCCUGAGCUCAGUGACGCUCAAGCUCUCCGAUAGCAACUACUUGCUUUGGAAGACGCAGUUCGAGUCCCUCCUGUCCAGCCAGAAGCUUGUCGGCUUCGUCAAUGGUUCGAUUGCUGCUCCUCCGACCACUCAUACGGUCGUCGUUGGUGGUGUCCCCACACUGGAGCCAAACCCGAUGUUGACGCGUGGUUCUGUACUGACCAGUUGGUCAGAUCUUGGUUAUUUGGUACCUUGUCUGAGGAAGUCCUCGGCGUGGUUCACAAUCUCGCGACGUCCCGUGAGAGAACUGAAAUCAAUCUGUGAUGCUUUAGCAGCUAUUGGGAAACCAGUUGAAGAGGAAUUGAAGAUAUUUGGAUUUCUCAAUGGCCUUGGCAAGGAAUACGAUCCAGUUUCCUCUGGUAUACAAAGGGAUCUCUCCAAGCCAAAUCCACCAUCCUACAACGAUGUGGUUACGGAGAUUCAAGCUUAUGACAUCAAACUUCAGGCGUAUGCAGCAGCUGAAGCAAGCAACACACAUCUUGCCUUCAACACCGAGCAGCCACAGUACAAUGGGAGUUAUAAGCAAGGCCCUCAGAACAACAAUCAAAAUUACAGAGGUGGCAGAGGUCGUUAUGGUCAGCGUGGUGGCAGAGGUGGCUAUACGUCCCGUGGUCGUGGAUUCUCUCAACAUCAGACGAACCCCAAUCCAUCUGGAGAACGCCCUGUGUGUCAAAUCUGUGGCAGGACUGGACACACAGCUGCAAAGUGUUACAACCGCUUUGACAAUAACUACCAGGGUCAAGAUCCAGCUCAGGUGUUCUCCACUCUCCAGUCGUCUGAUGUCACAGGGAAGGAGUGGUAUCCGGACUCCGAUGCAUCCACACAUGUCACCGCUUCCCAAGAGAAUCUUCAGACAUCUACCCCUUACGAAGGUAAUGAUACGAUUAUGGUUGCGGAUGGAGCCUUCCUCCCAAUCACUCAUGUUGGUUCCACCAACAUAACCUCUGCUACAGGUAACUUGCCUCUCAAAGAUGUCUUGGUUUGCCCUGAGAUACGAAAGUCACUUCUCUCUCAAAGGGAACCUCGAGUUAAAGGUCUCUACACGUUGGAGAAUCAGAGAUUGGAGGUUCUCUACUCGAAUAGGCAGUGUGCAGCAACUGAGGAUAUGUGGCAUCAUCGUUUGGGACACUCCAAUAUCAAAGUUCUCCAGCAGUUACAAAGCAGCAAGGAGAUUAGUAUCAAUAAGAGCAGAACUAAACUCAUUUGUGAGCCUUGCCAAAUGGGGAAAUGUAGUCGUUUGCAAUUUUUUCCUUCUUUGUCUUCUCGUGUAUUAGGUCCCUUAGACAAAGUUCACUGUGAUCUUUGGGGUCCUUCUCCGAUUGUAUCAAACCUGGAGUUUAAAUACUAUGCAGUUUUCAUUGAUGACUUCUCAAGAUUCUCUUGGUUCUAUCCAUUAAGAGCCAAAUCAGAAUUCUUCUCUGUGUUUACUGCAUUUCAGAAGCUUGUUGAAAAUCAGUUUGGUACUAAGAUAAAGGUGUUUCAAAGUGAUGGAGGAGGCGAGUUUGUAAACAAAGAGUUGAAACAACAUCUGUUAAACUGUGGCAUUAGCCAUCUUCUCUCAUGUCCAUACACACCACAGCAGAAUGGCUUGGCAGAGAGAAAGCAUAGACAUGUUGUCGAACUGGGUCUAUCAAUGUUGUUUCACAGCAAUACACCACUAAGCUAUUGA